AGUUGGAGCAUGAUGAGUCCUCUUAUGUUUGCGUUCUGCCUCACAUGUCUGUGCUUGGAGAAAACCGCUCAGACGACGGAGCUGAAAUCAACCACUUCUGUUCACCAAGAGAGUGGAUUCAUAUCAGCCAAUGUUGGUGGGGAGAUAACUUUGCAAUGCUUCUAUGAAGGGGAUCUGGCAACAAAGUUUUACUGGUACAAGCAAACUCUGGGAGAGAAACCAAGGCUCAUCUCGUCUUACUACAAGUAUGAAACAAGUGUUCAACUGCAUGGAGAAUUCGAGAACAAUCCACGCUUCACAGUGGACAUUGAAAUAGGUCGGAAUCACUUGAAGAUCACAGAUUUACAUGUUUCAGACACAGCUACUUAUUACUGUGCAUAUAACUAUUUAAUUGUGUUAGAAUUUAUGGAGGGCAUUUCUCUCAGUGUCAAAGGUUCAAGCUUGAACUUACACUUUUUGGUCAAUCAAUCGGGAUCAGAGACCAUCCAGCCAGGAGGCUCUGUGACUCUGAGCUGUACCGUCCCCACUGGGAGCUGUGAUGGAGAACACAGUGUGUACUGGUUCAAAGACUCUGAGGAGUCUCAACCAGGACUCAUUUACAUCCAUGGAGAUAAGAAUGAUCAGUGUGAGAGGAAACCUAAUGAACAAAGUUGUGAGUACGAGUUGCCCAUGAAGAGCCUGAAUCGCUCUCAUGCUGGGACGUACUACUGCGCUGUCGUCUCAUGUGGACACAUUCUGUUUGGAAACGGGAGCAAGCUCGACUUUGAAGGUGAGUAUCUUUCUAUUAAAGUCAACAUCUGUACAUUUUAUGUGAUUCUUUGACAGUAAGUGACAGUAUCAUCCUCUGCAGAUGAUGAGGGCUCUCCUGUCUUGGUGUAUGUGUUGAGU